GUGAGCGAGCUCCGGAGAGACGCUGAGAGGACGCCCACCCCAGGAGAGACGCCCUCAGGACACCCAGAGAUUUGGCUGGGGAGCCCCUGAAACGAAACUGCCACAUUGGCUCCGUGUGCCCUCACAGAGGACCUGGGAGCCGGAGCCCAAGAGGAUCCGUCGUAACAGACAUAUUAGGCAACCUGCCCGGACCCUUCUCUCUCCAAUAGUCGAAUUGAACUUUUUAGCGUGUUCUGGCCCAUUCGACUCCCCAGCCGGGAGUAUUUCAGACCAAGGAGAAUGAGUGACAGCCACGCUCUGAAGCGCCCAGGAAGGGUGGCCUUCGACGCCGGUGUGAUAAGGACGUUUUGGGAGGAAAGAAUCGAGCUGCACACAAGACAACUUCAGAGCGAGGCCAUGAGGACCCGCAGGAGUGCCCUGGACAGGCUCCGCGGCGAGUGGGCUCGGAUGCUGGAGGGGAGGAACAAGGCGCUGCAGGGCCCCCCGGAGGUGGCCACCCGGCCUUCCCUGCUGGGCACUGAGCCCUUCCCCACGCAGGACACCGCCGCCGCCUGAGGCCUACAGACUUGCCCUGCCCGGGGUCCAAAGGCACCCGAGGCUCAGUGCGGAGGCUCGGGGCAGAACAACCGCGGGGACCAGAGCCGCUGAGAAGCUCGCGGG